UAUAAUCUUCCAAAGUUCCAAAUAAAAGUAGCAUACGCCACCGCUUGAAUACGUAACAAAGCCCCAUAAAAUACACUCACUCCACUCAAACCUCUCACUGCUCUCUAACUCUCCAAACAAAUUAAGAACGCAACAAAAGGGAACACUAAGAAAGCAAGAAAAAAAAAAGGUAGAGAUGAGCUUCCAGCGUUUCUACCAAACAUGGUUCGAUCAACUCAAAGAAAUAGUCCAUCAACUUAACCAAGCCCCUAAACCCGCCACCAAUGACCAACACCGUGAGUUGCACCAACAACUAGUCCAAAAAGUCAUGUCUCACUAUUACGAGUACUAUCGAGUCAAGUCCUUAGCUGCAAAAAAUGACAUCCUUUCCGUUUUCGCCGCGCCUUGGUCGACUUCUCUCGAACGAUCUCUCCACUGGAUUGCUGGUUGGCGACCAACAACUGCUUUCCACCUUAUUUACACCGAAUCCAGCAUUUUGUUUGAGUCUCAUAUCAUCGACAUUCUUCGUGGUCUUCGAUAUGGUGAUCUUGGUGACCUGUCGCCUGAUCAACUUAGCCGUGUUAGUGAACUUCAAUGUGAAGCAGUGCAUGAAGAAAAUGCUAUCUCUGAUGAACUCUCCGAUUGGCAGGAUGGUGCAAGUGAGAUAAUUGGGUUGAUGGGAGAUAUAGAUACGAAGAUGGAAAUGUUAGUGGAGAUUUUAGAGAAAGCAGACAAACUAAGGAUGAAGACUAUAGAGAAUUUGGUGGAGCUAUUAACGCCACAGCAAGCAGUGGAAUUUUUAAUCGCAUCGGCGUAUUUGCAGUUUGGAAUCCGUAGAUGGGGAAUCAAUCAUGACCGUCAAAGAGGGAAUCCAUGAAUUGUUCGUCAUGCAAACUGGUGGAUGAGUGACGAUGACAGGUGUUAGCUAAUAAGCACUUGCUCACAUGCACAAAAAACUUCUUGUUUUGCCACGACACAAAUACGUGGCGCUCUGUUGAACAUUCUGUAAUACGUAAGCUGUGCUAUGAACUUAGGCAAUUUGCACGAUUGUCCUUCGUACGGACUGGUCUUUAAUUUUUGGCCCUCAAUUGCUGGUCUUUAAUUUUUGUCGUUAGCUUAAAAAGGUGAUCGAAAAUAUCGAAACCUAGCAGAGUAAAAAAUAAUAUUUUCGCAAAGAACCUAUGCCUAUUCAGGCGAAGUUACAUAGAAUCUAUGCAGGAAACGACAGACUAAGGUAAACUCUACCGGAACCGACAGACUUUUAGUUAUGGCUUAAGACAAAGUCUACCGCAUAAGGCAGAUUUUUUGUAAAAGCUUUGCCUUGAGAAUUUUUUUUUUGAUUGAGCGGGAUUCGAACUCAUAAUCUGGAGGUAUUUUCGGUCACCUUUUCAAACGAAGGACAAAAAUUAAAGACCAGCAAUUUGAGGGACAAAAAUUAAUGACCACCCCCAAAAGACGGCUAGUUCCGCACAAAAAAAAAAUACAUGAACUUCUGUGGGCAAUUUGCAGGAUUACCCUUCGCUGGGAGUGGUCUUUAAUUUUUGUCCCUCAAAAUGGUGGUCUUUAAAUUUUGGCCUUCAGGCAGAAUUUACACGGCACAGGCAAAAUUUCUGCCCAUGCAAAUUCUGCCUUAAGGCCCGAAUUGGCAGAAUUUGCAUGGCCAGAUUUGCAAACUUCUGCCUCGUGAAAAUUCUACCUUGAAAAUUUUAUUUUAUUUUUUACUGAGCUGGGGUUCGAACCCAUAACAGACGAGAGACAAAACUUAAAGACCACCAAUUUGAAGGCCAAAAAUUAAAGACCACCCCAAAUGAAGGCCAAUCCGCCCAAAAAAAAAAAAUGAACUUGUGUUAGCGUCGAAACCUACAAAUUAGGCCUGUAUCAACUAUCUGGAAGCCCGUUGAGCCCAGUACUAUGUUACAGCCUUACAGGUCCCCUCCUUUGUUCCUGCAUUGCAUAUUCGCGUGGACUAAAGCUGAGCAGGAAGAUUGAGAAAUCGAAAAUUCUAGGUAUACAGGGGAAAAUGUUUGUCUAUGUAUUAUGUGAAAUAGUAUAAUUAAUUACCUAUUACAGUUUUAAUCCAUUUAUAUAUUUGCCUAUAUUAGCAUAUUGUAUUUUUUGGGGGGUUUUUUACAUUUGUGUUCGGUGUCUGCUUUGGGGUCCGAUUAAUUCAGAUUUGCAUCAGGAAAUCUCACUUUGAUGGCAACGGUCUUUAGUACUAAAGGUGACUUCAUAUUCAGGACUCGAACACAACACAUUUGAUUAAAGAUGGAUGAGUAUUUACCAUUCCGCCACAACUUUGGUACAACACAUUUGAAAAUGU